GAUACGCUAGAUCAUUCUCGUCCCUCUUCAAAACCUCCUCUUCUCCACACCCCCUAUCUCUCUCUCUCUCUCUCUCUCUAGCUCUCUCGCUCAGCCAUGGCUUCUCUCAAGGUUCCGGCUACCGUUCCUUCUCCAUCGGAGGACGCCGAGCAGCUCCGCAAGGCCUUCGAAGGUUGGGGCACCAAUGAGGCGCUGAUCAUCUCCAUCCUUGGCCACCGCACCGCCGACCAGCGCCGUGCCAUCCGCCAGGCUUACCGCCAGGCCUACAACGAGGAUCUCCUCAAGUCCCUUGAUGGCGAGAUCUCCGGCGACUUCGAGAGGGUGGUGCUUCUGUGGACGCUGGAUUCGGCGGAGAGGGAUGCGUGGCUGGCGAACGAGGCGGUGAGGAAGUGGCGCCCUGGGAACCGAGUGUUGAUCGAGAUAGCCUGUGCAAGGAGUUCCAAGGAGCUGUUUGCGGUGAGGCAGGCGUACCAUUCGCGGUUUAAGAGGUCUCUCGAGGAGGAUGUGGCGGUCCACACCACUGGGGAUUUCCGUAAGCUUUUGGUGCCACUUGUAAGUGCAUUCCGCUAUGAAGGACCAGAGAUUAACUUGACUUUGGCAAAAUCAGAGGCCAAGAUGCUGCGUGAGAAGAUCUCUGAUAAGGCCUACAACCAUGAGGAGCUUAUUAGGAUCCUCACUACGAGGAGCAAAGCACAACUGGUUGCAACAUUUAAUCACUACAAUGAUGCAUUUGGUAAUCCAGUUAACAAGGAUUUAAAAUCUGAUCCCAAAGAUGAGUUCCUUGCUGCACUGAGGGCCACCAUUCGUUGCAUUUGCUGUCCUGAAAGAUAUUUUGAGAAGGUCAUUCGGUUGGCCAUAAACGGGUUGGGAACAGAUGAGAAUGCUCUAACUCGAGUCAUAGCCACUCGUGCUGAGGUCGACCUGAAAGUGGUAGCAGAGGUUUACCAGAAGAGAAACAGCAUGCCACUUGAGCGUGCAAUUAAGGGCGACACUUCUGGAGAUUAUGAGGCCAUGCUUCUUGCACUGUUGGGCCAGGGAGCUUGAGGAGCGUGCUGGUCGCCCUGGUGAAUCCCUCUACAAUAAAAUCAUGGUUUGCGUGGUAGUAAGCUGAACUAAGUUCGUUUUAGAAGUUGGUGGCAUGCUUAGAUGUGGGUAGCCACCUCCCAGUUUGUGCAGUAGUAAAUUGUGGUGUUUGUCAGGUUGUUUUCUUGUUCUGGUGCUCUGUUAAUGAAUGUGGAUUUUUAUCUUCGUCAGCAUCUGAGUUGCAG